CCCAUGUGGUGCAGGAGAAGACUGUUAGGUUAGGUGCUUGGGAGAAGAUGGUGUUUAAACUUAAGUCUGGUUAUUAUGUCAUCUAUCUUCAAUGUGAGACACCUAUCAGCUGAACACAUAUUUUCAUGUAGCCUACUCUUUUAGCCUAGCUUCAGUAGCGACAUGGCAAUGGCACCAGCGGUCACCGAGGACGGAAAAGACCAGGUGAAGACUCUCAGCUCUGCAGAGCCAGCGGUGCAGGUGAAAACUCUCAGCUCUGCAGAGCCAGCGGUGCAGGUCAACACUCUCAGCUCUGCAGAGCCAGCGGUGCAGGUCAAGACUCUCAGCUCUGCAGAGCCAGCGGUGCAGGUCAAGACUCUCAGCUCUGCAGAGCCAGCGGUGCAGGUCAAGACUCUCAGCUCUGCAGAGCCAGCGGUGCAGGUCAACACUCUCAGCUCUGCAGAGCCAGCGGUGGACGUCAAGACUCCCAGCAGGGCGGAUCCAGUGGUGGAGAAAGACUCUGACAACACGAAAGGGCUCAUCCUGCCCACUGGCGAGAUCAACUGGGAGUGUCCGUGUCUGGACGACAUGGCAACGGGUCCCUGUGGGGCGGAGUUCCGCGCAGCCUUCAGCUGCUUCCACUUCAGUGAUGCGGAGGUGAAGGGUUCCGACUGCAUGCAGCCUCUCCGCGCCAUGCAGGCCUGCUUCCGCCGCUUCCCGCACGCCUACUCAAAGGAGAAAGGGAAGGCUGAAACCCCCACACACACAAACCCCCAAACACAAACCUCAACGCAACAGCACCCCCCACAAACCCAAACCUCAUCACAACAGCGCCCCUCAGAAACUCCUGCAUCGUAACAGCAGACCCACUCAACACAACAGCACCCCUCAGAAACUCCUGCAUCGUAACAGCCGACCCACUCAACACAACAGUACCCCUCAGAAACUCCUGCAUCGUAACAGCAGACCCACUCAACACAACAGCACCCCUCAGAAACUCCUGCAUCGUAACAGCCGACCCACUCAACACAACAGUACCCCUCAGAAACUCCUGCAUCGUAACAGCAGACCCACUCAACACAACAGUACCCCUCAGAAACUCCUGCAUCGUAACAGCAGACCCACUCAACACAACAGUACCCCUCAGAAACUCCUGCAUCGUAACAGCAGACCCACUCAACACAACAGUACCCCUCAGAAACUCCUGCAUCGUAACAGCAGACCCACUCAACACAACAGUACCCCUCAGAAACUCCUGCAUCGUAACAGCAGACCCACUCAACACAACAGCACCCCUCAGAAACUCCUGCAUCGUAACAGCCGACCCACUCAACACAACAGCAUCAUACAGAACCCACUCUACUCAACAGCAUCACCCAGAAACCUACUCAACACAGCAAACAGCGUCACCCAGAAACCUACUCAACACAGCAAACAGCGUCACCCAGAAACCUACUCAACACAGCAAACAGCGUCACCCAGAAACCUACUCAACACAGCAAACAGCGUCACCCAGAAACCUACUCAACACAGCAAACAGACAAUCAGAGUCAUCUGUCCAUCUGGACACUCCAGGCCCACCCUCUCCAUCUGUUAGGACAUUACUUAUCUCUUGGAUGUGCCUGCACACAUACUGUAUAUACACACACACACACACACAAAGAAACAUGUGCAUGCUUAUGGGACCAUCCCCAACAUGCCUGUACUGUACAUGGUAGGGAACCAUGUGAACUCGAUGAUGUAGGGAACCUUGUGAACUCGAUGAUAAAUGUUGAAAGCUCUGAUGUGUGCCACAUGGAUUGUGAGAUAUCCAUGACUGAUGUUUAAUACGACUAUGUGUGUUUCUCCACUGUCCAGUGAUGUCUCCACGUGUCUCAAAAGUCCAUCUACAUCACCCAUUAGUUUUGUGUGACUUUAUUUUGUGUUUUUGUGAUUUACUUUUGAUGUUUUUUUUAGUGUUAUUAAUCUAUUAGAGUAGUGGAUCUCUGAAAGGGUGACGCUGUUCCACUACUGCUCUUCCAUCUGACCCUGUGUGGGCAAGAUGUGACCUUGUGUGGGCAAGAUGUGACCUUGUGUGGGCAAGAUGUGACCUUGUGUGGGCAAGAUGUGACCUUGUGUGGGCACGAUGUGACCUUGUGUGGGCACGAUGUGACCUUGUGUGGGCAAGAUGUGACCUUGUAUGGUCAAAGGGGGGAAUGUGGGUG